UCUUUCGUGGCUCCGGAGAGCCUGGCUUAAGUGUGGGUGCGAGCAGGUGCUUGCUAGAGCAAGAAACCAAAAUUCAAGGAGGGGAUACGCCCAGACGCACGCAGCUCCCCUCCCCUCCUUCCCAACAUUCAUUCUAUAUCCGGGGGAGUUGGAACGAUGGGAAGCCUUGGGGCUUGGGGACCCUUCUGGGGACAGUCUUCCCCGCAUCUCUAGGGGAACUAGAAAUUCCAGGACUUGGUGCGAAGCGGGGAGGGAUGUUGGUUGCGUGUGGCACCCCGACCUCAGGACCCUGAGAGGAGACCCUGCUAAGAUUUCGACGGAUGCUCUGAGGUCGGGGUAAGGGGGGCGGGGAGAAGGGAGAGAAAAGCUCCAAGGUGGAAUCGUUUUUGUUUGUUUUGAGAGGAAACUUGUGGAACACUCCUAACAUUUGUCCCCAGUGCACAAUGCAGCUUCUUGGACCUAGAGUUCCCUAGGAGGAGGGGGCUAUGCAGAAUCCAGCUUUGCCUGCACACCUUGCUCCAGGAACACAGAGGCGGGCUUCCAGUUGCAAACAUUAUCACUCCUGGCUGUUUCUCUGGGGACCCAUCCUUUGGCCCCGGGUACUUCGUGGGGAUCCUAAAGCCGGAAAAGCUGGGUGACUCCAGGCUGCCAGAAUUGGCUUUCAAAGCACGCCCUGUCCUCUCUGUAGCCGAGUAUGGUGAUUCUGUCCUGGCUUCUUUCCGGUUUCAUCUUGGCUUUUCUUCACUUUGCUAGAGCAGAAGAAUGCAAAGUCAGCACAGAAAGUCAACAUUUUGUGGCAGGGCAACCUUUUGCUCUUUCUUGCACAAUCACAGAAAUGAAGUACAAUGUGACUUGCUAUAAAAAUUCUAACAAAACUCCAAUAACUCUGGACAGAAAUUCCAGAGUCCAUCAGUAUCAGGGCCAGAUUUUAUUUCUUCCUUUGACAUUGGAAGAUUCAGGAACAUAUCAAUUUGUCACAAGGGGUUUACAUACCUGUCAAAAAAUCUUCGUGAACUUAACUGUUCAAAAUAGGAGUAGUGGUUGGUGUGGUGAUUCCAGCAAAGACCUAGCAGGGCUAGCAGAUAAUCACCACCAACAAAUAUUAAACGUGGGGACAACUGGCAUUCUUGUGUGCCAUAUAAUUACCUUCCCAAACAGUACUUUUAGCCCAACACAGUGGUAUAAGGAAUGUAAGCCUAUUGGAGACAAAGAGAAAUAUGUUCCUAAGAAAUUUUAUCUGCUUAUAAAAAAUACAUCAACUGAGAAUGCAGGAACAUAUUUAUGCAGAACAAAGCUAACAUACAUGGGAAAACAUUAUGAUAUUUUAAAUAGAAUUUCUACAACUUUAUGGGACCAAGUAGAAGGAAGCAAAGAACCUGAAAUUAUCUAUCCAAGAAAUAAUUCUAUUGAAGUACAACUUGGUUCUCCUCUUAUUAUAGACUGCAAUAUAAAAGAUGGGAAAGAGAAUUUAAAUCAUAGAAGUUGGAAAGUCAAUGACACUUUAGUGGACUUUCUCAAUUCUAAUCGAAUUAAAGAAGGAACUGAAUCAAAUGUUUCUUGUGGGGAAAAAUGCAUUUUCUAUACUGUAAAUAUCAGCUUCUCAGAAGUGAGACAAGAAGAUUAUAACCGUCCCUUUAUAUGUAUGUCUGGAUCAGCAGCAGCUUUUAUUAUGCUCAAGCAUCCAGCUCCCGAUAUUCAAAGGUACCUGAUAGGAGGGUCCAUUGUUGUAUUGGGCAUGAUUAUGUUUAUUAUGUGCACCUACCAUAUUGUCAAGGUUGACGUUGUGCUUUGGUAUCGGAGCACCUUUCAUUCUACUUUGAGUAAAGAAGAUGGCAAGCUUUAUGAUGCUUAUGUUUUGUAUCCAAAACCUAAAACUGAAAGCCAGAGCCAAGAUAUGAACAUUUUGGUGCUGAAGAUCCUGCCUGAAGUCUUGGAAAGACAGUGUGGGUACAGACUGUUUAUAUUUGGAAGGGAUGACUUACCAGGACAAGCUGUGGCCAAUGUUAUUGAUGAAAAUAUUAAGCUAAGCAGAAGACUGAUCAUCAUUUUGGUCUCAGAAUCUUCAAGUUAUGGUCUAUUAAAGAACAUGUCUGCAGAACAGAUCACUAUCUACAAUGCUCUCAUCCAAGAAGGAAUGAAAGUCAUUCUCAUUGAAUUGGAGAAAAUCCAAGACUAUACAGACAUGCCAGAAUCAAUUAAAUACCUUAAGCAGAAACAUGGGGUGCUGCGGUGGAGAGGGGGCUACACAGAGGGAUUACAGUCAGCAAAGGCAAAGUUCUGGAAAAAUGUAAGAUAUCACAUGCCACCUAAACGGUCCCCAUCUUUACCAGACAGCUGCUGGAAUCAGCAGCCUUCAACUACUCAGUGAACCAGAAGGAGCUAAGUUGGACUCUACACUGAGUGAUACACAGCCUGCUCCUGUGGCUUUAUUGUUUAUUGGUGAUUACACACCAUCAAAGUUUGUCAAUGAAAAAAGUAUUUCAUUUGGGCCUACCAGUUAGAGGUUGGGUGAUUUGCUCAAGGUCAUACAGAUGGUAGGUAUCCAAGGGAGGAUUUGAAAACAUAUUUUGCAUAUACAAUUGAUAUCAUAUUGCUUGCCUUCUCAGUGUGUGGGGGCAAGAAUGGCAAAGAGGGAGAGAAUUCAGGACUCAAAAAAUUGUUUAAUUUAAUAUUAAAGAAAAAAAUAUAUAGUUCUAGUUGAGAGGCAAAUUGGUUACCUUGGGAGAAGUAACACAGUUUAUUAGUAUCCAUUGCACAAAUUAGCAGAAUUUACUUGUCUGAUGGAAUAGGAGGCACGGGUAAGUUUUGGUAAGAAAUUGGAAGACAUAAAAAUCUGCAAUGUGGGAUAGAUGACAAAGGAGUUGUGUCCCUGAUCAUCUGGCUCCCUGAGCUGCCAAUAUGAUACUAUCUGGGUACUGCAUGUCUAGCAAUGAGGAAUAAUGGCUGAAGUGGAGGCUGGUAUUUAGAGCACCACAUUUUGCCUGCUUUGUACAUUUCAGUAAGGCUAAAAGUCAUUUACUGAACAGCUCUGACAGUUCAAUAGUCUGAUCCUUUUGCCUCAUGCUUUAUUUUAUCUGGUCUUAUUUGAAUUAGCAGUAGGACUGAAUAUAAAGAGGAUAUUGGAUUGUUAGAGCAGGAAAGAGUCUUAAAGAUGAUCUAAGCUGCUGUUUCUCUCACCUGGAGUUCAUGGGAAGAUAUCUGAGACAUUCUGCAAAUAAAACAGUGAUAGUGACAGAUAAUAAUAAGAGGCAACUGUGAAGUAUUAGAGUUUGUUGUCUUUAAUUUUAAGGGAUGAGGGUCAUAGGAUAGUAUGCAUGAUGCAUGACUGGGAAUCCUGUCUCUGAAAUAUACUCAGUGUGUUUGUGGCCAGGUCACUUAACUUCUCGAUAUUGCAGGUAGAUCUCAAUAUGAAUCAGUGGGCGGAAGGAGGAAAGGGGAAGGGGAAUUCCCUACAUUGAUGAAAUCACAGGUCUAUAUUCCCCAUUCUCUCCCCCCAUCCCAUUAAGACACAUAGGGAAUGCACCCAUUUUUUCAUCUGUGUGAACUGCCCAUGGUGAAUGGGCUCAGUUAAAGUGGAGACCCAUCAAAAUACUGGUCAAAACAUUAAAUUCUUUUUUGUUAAGAUUUUAAAAAUAAACAAACUAAUAAUAAAUAAUAGUUAACUGAGGUUAUGUCAGAAGGAUGAAUGUAAAUUAAAGUGCCCAUUUAUAUUUUUAAUUUUUUACAAUAAUUUUUAUUCUAAUAUCUCUUCAUUAACAAGAAGAUAAUAUUAGGAAGACUGACAAUGGAACAGAUGUCCCUGAAUCUAGUUCAAACAAUCAAGUCCUAAAUAGAGAAAAAAGGCAAACAAUAGGACAACAGCUAUUUCUGAUUUUCAUUUACUUACUCCUGGCAUUCCUGACGUCCAACAUGUGUUUAGCUGUUCAGUUUUCAAGUUUCCUGAUUCUGGAAGUUUCAAAGACACAAAUGAAUCACAAUUAAUUUGAAAACAAAACUCCACUUUUUCAUAUAAAAAUGUGAUGAACUGAAACUGUCCCUCUAUGUUUUUUUAAAAAAAUAAAAAUCUUGAGUUAUGUAAAAAGGGGGGAAAAGAAAAUUGUUUCAAUAUGACAUCUAAUAUUGUUCCUGAUUAUAAAAUAAUUAUUGAGCACAAACAAUCCUGUCCUGUACAGAGUUUGUCAAGU